AUGAACAUCGUACUACUCCUCUUUCUCCUCGCAUCAUCGCUUUCUUCAGUUUCCUGCACCGCACGCGCUCAAUCUCUCUCACCGGAAACGCUCAAUGACGCCGCCGUCAAAGCAACGCUUUUCUUGUCACUCGUCAUCUUCGUUUUCGCCCUUCUCAUCACCGCAUUCUGCUUCGUCUUCAUCCGCUGCAUAUCCAACCGAAACCACGCGCUUCCGCAAGUCACGCGCGGACUCGACCCGCGCGUGCUCGCCACGUGCCCCGUCAUGUCAUACUCCGAGCUCAAACUGAAUCACCCCAAAGCGGCACAAAACGCCCCGUUUCAAUGCGCGGUGUGUCUGGCGGACUUCGCCGACGACGAAUCGCUCCGGCUGCUGCCCAAGUGCGGUCACGUGUUCCACGCGCGCUGCAUCGAGGCGUGGCUGGCUGCGCACGUGACCUGUCCCGUGUGCCGCAGCGACGUGAGCGCGGAAACAGGGGAUGCAUGUGCGCGGCACGUGCUGGAGGAGGAAGAUUCUGUAAGGGACUUUGGUGUUCUUGUUAGGUCGCAUUCUACGGGUCACUCUCUAGAGGGCUUUUCCAUCAAAGUUCCUGAGGAGGUGAAGAAGAAGGUUCUAGAAGAUGGCGAAUGUGGAAAUUCCAUGAAGAUGAAUCGUUCAGCCAGUUACGACGUCGUUGUGGGGAUUGAAGAAGGGGGUGUAGGUAGCAAUACUGCUGCUGCAACUAAUAAUAAUAACAACAGUUGGGUUUUGUGGACUUCGCAACCUAUUGAUUCUGGUGGUUCGGGGAUUCCGAAGUUUUGGGGUGCUUCAAUGGUGAGAGAAGAUAAAGAAAAAGGGAAAGUGAAAGAGUUUGAGGGAAGAACAUUUUUUGAUUGUGAAGUUUGA